AUGGGUUUCCCGGCUGCCCUUGUCUCGAGGCUCCUUUCCCGCUGCGACAGCGCGCUGCAGCUGAGCGCACGGCACACCUCUGCCCCUGUGCACAGGACCGGGGGCGGUGGAGGCGCGAUCUUCCGAGGGGAGGAGGGACGCGCCCACGCAUGUGCCAUUCCUCGCCCAGCGGUGUGCACAGGUCGCGCCCUGUUCAAGGGGGACCAGGAUUUGCAGCAGGCAUUGCACACCCGGAGAGCCGAGCGCCCCACGGGCCUUGCCCUAACCUCCGCUGGCCCGAGGACCAGGUCUAUCUGUGUCCGAGUGCACCAAGGUAUGUGUCGCCGCACCCCUGCUGCCCACACAGCAACCGUAUGGGCCGAGGAUUCUUUCAGCAAGGUCUGCGGUCGUUUUGCAGCCGGCCAGCAGCGGAGUCGGGAGUCUGGUACCGCUCUGCAGCCUUUGCGCCUCCACCCUGCCACCAGCGGCCGGCCGGGUGUGCAUGUGCAAUGUGUGGCCAAAUGGCAUGUGAUAUAG